AUGGAGCCUACUACUACUUUUCUGAGAGAUGCUGAGAGCGUAGCACUCCACGCAAAGGCUAAAGAUCUCUUCGCUCGUGGAGAUCACAUCAAGGCUUUGGAGAUAAUCCAAGAUAUGAUUCAGGUCCACAAGGAAGACAUGAACAUAUGUAUAGAGUCAGUGAUGUAUUACAAGAAAUGUGUGAAGAUAGGAAAACGUGGUUUAUCUGUUACUAACGCAAAUGAAGACUCGGCUUCUUUUGUUGCUCAAUUGAGUUUGCAACAGAAAUUACAUCAGAAGAAAACGAAGAAAGACCUGGAGAAUAUCAUCAAAGAUGCUGAGUUCAAGAUCUCUGUUUCCAAGACUAGAGGACUGAAGGGUUUAUUGGAAGAAGAAAGUGAGUCAGAAGAUUUGGUGUCAAAGAAUAGUCCAGAGCCGCUUAAGAACAAGUAUAAGAGAUUGAGGUCGUUUUGGUUAGGUUUGGAUGUUAAGGUCAAAAGGGAUUUUAUGAAAGUAAACAUUGAAAAGCUUACAAGUUUUGUGGAGGGAGUACAUGGGCAAAAAGGACGAGAUGCUUUAAAGAAAAUUCUUGAUUCAGCGAGGGAAGACAGAAAAUGGAUAUUCUGGAUGUGCCGAACUAAAUGUUCGAAGAAGUUUUAUAGUGCUGAAGAAUGUAAGAAACAUCUUGAACAAGAACAUGCUGCAGAUUUUAAACCUUCAAAGGAAAUGGAUAUGGUCAAGAGGAUAGGCAAAGACUGGGUGCGUAAGAUAUCAGUUGGAAGUUGGGAACCAGUGGAUACAGUAGCUGCAGUUGAAAUGAUCAAAAAUCGGCUCGCAGAUGUGAAAGCGUUUUCAUAUAAUAUUGGAUGGUCCAAUGAAUGGCCUUUAGCUGUGGAUGAAGAGCGGACUAAGUUACUCAAGGAAAUCAAAUUUUUUCUCGUGAUGUUUUGUGACCUUAAAAUUCCCCCUUGUAGUGUUCGAGACAGUGUGAUGCAAUGUCCUUUGAAGUGUCUUGCAAAACUUGAAGUUUCCAAACAGAGUCUUGUCGAUUCUCACCUAGUGGAAACACCUCAGAGUAUAUGUUUUCUGGACUGUCAUGAACUCAGUCAAAUUCUGAACUUUCUAAAACGCAUCAAAUGUGAAAGGGAGGAUGGUAUAGAUCUAGUUUCCAGAGCAGUGGACAGUAUCUUGGGUUCUACUCGAGUAACAGAAAAGAUCGACUUUGACCCUCAGUUUUCAUUUCUGCUUCUGGAUAAAAGACUUCUGAAAAGCAAUAAUGCUCCAUUCGAUGAUGAAGGGACAAUCAAUCUUUUUGAUCCCAGUGUUCACUACGCCAAGGCACAUGCUCAGGGAGAUGAUAUCAUAUCAUGUUUAACUGACUACAAUCCACUAGAUUUGACUUUUCCCAAACCUAUCUGGGAACAUAAUCUUGAUAUCUGGGUGGCUGUUCUAAGAGCUGUUCAGUUCACAUGUAGGACUCUGGCAACCAAAUAUGCAAAGAAAAUGCAGGUCUUCCAUUAAUAUGUAGCUCUUACUGUCAUCGAAGACUUGUGUAUGAGUGAGGAUGAAAGGAGAAGGAAUAUUCAGGAAGAUCAGUGGAACAGCUAUGCAUCUCUUCUAUGCGAUAGACGCGAAGAGAGAGCACCUGGAAAUUCCCUCACUGCAAAAUUAUUUGUGUGUGCAGUACGAGAUGUUCUCGAAGGCGCAUUGGAUCUGACAUUUGAUUUCCCCGAUUUUGAAGAAUGCUUGAAUCUUAUACGUGAGCAUAAAAGUCUCAGAGAUGAUGUAGUGUUGAAUUCCAUAGGCUCUCUGAAAGCAGUGGCCAAUACCAAGGUUAUGCUAAUCAAUUCAAAGAUAUUGCUGGUUGAUAAUUCAAGGAUUAGUUUGCUGGAAAACCUCACCAGGCUUUCAGUUUUUGACAACCGCACUUAUAUCCUUGAACUGCUGAAAAAUUUCUUGCUGUAUGAAAUUACGAUAAUGGAAUCCAAAGCCAAGUUAGAUGCAGCAGAUGCAGCACAAGCAGAUCUUUUACUCGAGGAAGAUAAGAAGUCACAGUCAAAGAAGAAGACAAAUAAAAGCAAAAAGAGAACUUCAACGAACAUAUCGAGUCCUCUCUAUAAGACUGGUGAACAUAAACCUUCUGUCAACCUUGAACCGGAUAGCACGUCUCCGCCAUUGCAAACGGUGGUAGAAGAUUCUGUGGAACCAGAUUAUAUCCUUGCAAGUAAUAGGCGUCAAUCGGAAAUUUCAUCCCACACUAUUAAUCAAGAGGAUGUUAUGCAAAAUAUACUUCGAGAAGAUUCACAGUCGGAACAUAUAGAGUCAGCUCUUGGAGAAGCUGCAAGCAGAUACAAUUCAGCUCUUGACAUGACACUGAAGGCACUCUUGAACAUUAAAAUGCCCAAAGAAGAUUUGAUGCACAACAAGCAACCAUUUCAAGACCACCUGGAAGAACACGCUCCUCCUGCACUACAACAUUUCUUUACUGCUUUUGUGUCAGGCGAGAUAAAUAAUGAGGGAGUCUACAGUUGCCUCUUGAGUGACUUACUUGCUUCCCUAGAAGAAGUUAUUUCCAUGUCGAGUGAUGCUGCUGAGGUUCUUGUAGCCAUCCUUGAGUUUUGGCAUUGCUGGAAGAAUACUGAAAGAGAAAGCUUAGUAACUCGCCUUUUUACGUUGGAAGAAAAUGAAAGAAUGAGUUGUAGAAAAUGCAGAAAGAAACCAAAUUAUCCAGAGCAAAGUUCUUAUGGCAUUGUUAUGGCUGCAGAUUCGAUCAGAGACUUGAAGUGUGCUCUUGGGAAUAUAGAGUUUGUGGAUAUCUGUAAGGUGAUCCACAUGGAAUAUAAGAUGUUAUGUGACAUUAAAACAGGAGGCUGUAGAAUAGAAAACUUUGUACAUCACAUUAUAAGUAAAUGCCCACCUAUCUUGACAAUCGUGUUAGAAUGGGAGAAGAGUGAAACUAAAGAAAUAUCUGAAACAACAAAGGCUUUGGACUGGGAGAUAGAUAUCAGCAGGAUGUACGAAGGAUUAGAACCAAACACUAACUACCGGCUUGUAUCAUUGGUUGGUUGUGGUGAAGAAGAAGAAGAAUACAUUUGCUUAGCUUAUGUAAAGAACCGGUGGCUCAAUCUCAGACAUGGUGCUUUCAAUGGAGAGAAUGUUGGUAACUGGAAGAGUGUGGUCAAAUUCUGUGGAGAAAGAAAGGUUCGACCAGAGAUUCUGUUUUAUGAAGCGGCCGUCAGAUCGAUGGCCUAUUAA